GUUGAAAGGUUCUUCUUCUUCACCAAGCACUAGUGCACUACUCAAGUGCAUAAAUAUAUAUAUAUAGCAGUUAAAUCUUUGAUCUCUCCUUCUACUCGAUCUCUUCUGUUUUACUCACUAUGGCUCUUAAACUGGCACUGUUUCUGCUAGCAUGUUUUCUCCUUGCGAGCACCAGAGUCUCAUCAGACUCAGAAGAAGCAUUUACAGAGGCUGCUAUGGCGCCCUAUGUCCCAGCAACUCCUCCGGCCCUGGCUCCUGCACCUCACAAAAUUAUUGAUACUAAAGAAUGCGUCGGAGCGUGCAAGGAGAGGUGCAGCCUGCACUCGCGGAAGAAUGUGUGCAGCCGGGCGUGCCUCACUUGCUGCAGCGUGUGCAAGUGCGUCCCCGCAGGCACCGCCGGCAACAAGGAGACCUGCGGCAAGUGCUACACUGAUUGGCAGACCCACGGCAACAGGACCAAAUGCCCUUAAUAUUACCGACUACAGCAAAAAAAGACGGUGUUAUUAAUAGAGCUAAAUUUAUUAUUUAAAAAAAAAUUAUUGAAUCGGAUUAUGAUAACUAAAAAUAGCUCUGUUAAUAAUAUCAUCGCAAAGUAAUUUUGUCUCGACUUUGUCGCCUUGUUAAUUUUGUUAUCAUGGAUUUAAGCUACAAGUCGUGUACUACUGAAAUGUAAGAUGGAGGAGGAUGAGAAAUAAAUACCUUGUGUCGGAGUUUUAUACGUCGAGUUAA